AUGGUAGAUAUGAAAACGGUAAACCCCCGUUUGAAAGUCAUGCUAGCGGUUGGAGGAUGGAGCCAUGGGGUGGAAAGAUUUUCGGCAAUGGUUUCAUCCGAUCAGAAUAUUGAGGAAUUCGCCACAAAUGUUGUCGGUAUCUUGAGAAAGUACAAAUUUGACGGUCUCGAUCUCGAUUGGGAGUUCCCUGCCUACGGCAAAAGUAGUAAAGGUGACAAGUUCCGGUUCACGAGACUUAUUCAGAUUCUACGACAGAGAUUUGACGAAGCGGGUGUAUUAACAAGACGAGAGACAUUGCUGCUUUCUGCGGCGGUAUCUGCGGUCAGAGUCAUCAUUGAUGAUGGUUAUGAAGUCGACAUUAUAUCAAACGUUCUUUACGAAGAUGUUACACGUCCUUACAAAAGUCCGAUUUUCAGAGUUUGCGAAAAUAUCAAGAAAGGAUGGACAAGAGUUUGGAACGAGGAACACCAGGUUCCGUACGCCUAUCACGGAAACCAGUGGGUCGGAUACGAUGACAUCCAAAGUUUUGCUUCCAAGGCUAAUUUCAUACGGGAAAUGCGACUGGCGGGGUCUAUGGUGUGGAGUAUGGACUUAGACGAUUUCACUAACGUAUGCGGUCAGGGGGUUAACCCACUCAUGUCUAUCUUAAGGGAAAAGCUCGAACGUCAAACUGUCGGACCGAUCACGGAUGCUCCACUACCCACCGUUACAGACAGUAUUACAACUCCUGGACUGACCACUCGAGUAACCUCUGACCUCCCUCCGGGGACAUCAGCGAUCAAAAGAGUAUGCUAUUUCACAAAUUGGGCCCAGUACCGAGCAAGUCCCAUGACUUUUACAGCUGAAAACCUCGACCCCUUCCUUUGUACACACAUCGUGUAUGCAUUUGCUCAGCUGGACGGAAACACCAUAGCCACAGUUGAGUGGAAUGACUUAGCAUUGUACCAGAGAGUAAUGAACUGGAAAGGGACUAACACAAAUCUAAAGUUGAUGUUAGCAGUAGGCGGCUUUACACAUGGCGUGCAGAGAUUUUCUGAUAUGGCUUCAUCAGAUCAGAAUAUAGAAACAUUUACCGCUAAUGCAAUACUGUUUCUGCGACGACACGGGUUUGACGGCCUUGACCUUGACUGGGAGUAUCCUGCUUACGACACCAGUGACCCUGGCGAUAAAUUACGAUUUACACGGCUUAUGGAGAUUUUACGUCGUGAAUUUGACCUUGAAGGCAUAUCUACUAAACGACCUCCAUUAGAAUUAGCAAUUGCGGUAUCGGCAUCGAAGGAAAUUAUUGACGCUGCUUACGAAAUUGACAUUAUAUCACAGCAUGUCGACUUUAUGAACUUGAUGUCAUAUGAUUUCCAUGGCGUAUGGGAUAAUACAACCGGACACAAUAGUCCACUGUAUGCCAGACAGGAUGAAACAGCUGACCAGAAAUUACUAAACCAGAAUGCUGCCGUACAGUACUGGAUAUCUCGUGGUGCUCCACCACACAAACUGGUUAUGGGAUUGGCGUUGUACGGACGGUCGUUUACUCUGGCGUCUCCAACAAAUGUAGAACUAGGCGCUGCAAUAACUGGAGGUGGAACACCGGGCGAAUACACCGGCGAAGUGGGAUAUUUGGGAUAUUACGAGGUCGUAAAUAAAGGGUGGACGAGAGUAUGGAACGAAGAACACAAAGUUCCAUACGCCUACAGUGGUGACCAGUGGGUUGGAUAUGAUGACGUCGAGAGUUUCAUCGUCAAGGCAAAUUACAUCCUUACUCGCGGGCUUGGAGGUUCCAUAGUAUGGGCGAUGGAUUUGGACGACUUUAACAACGUCUGUGGACUAGGCGUAAACCCGUUGAUGUCUGUGUUGCGUACAUUGUUGAAUUCGUCCAUCGUAGUGACAAAGGAAAUCCCGACCAUAGCACCGCCCAGUGCGAGAUCAACUACAGGUAAUGCAGUAUCCUAUCCACAAGCAAAAUCUACAUUGCCAACACAGAAGGAAACUUACAGUUUGACUACCACGAAAAGAACUGAGGAGAAGAAAGAGGAGGAAGAGGGGAGAGAAAUAAAAUAA